AUCUUGGGGAAGACGCCCAGCUCGCUGAUCCCUCUCGCUCAGCAUGCGGGGCAAGCUGUAUAGUUUUCUGGAAGUACGGCAGCUCAGUUAGGCUUGAACGGAGACUGCGCAGAUAAUUCUCUGCGUUAAGCGGAGCUCAUUUUGAUUAAAGAGGUAGGAUUUGAGAAGCGGCUCACUUCCGGCACUACAGGAAGUGAUUUGAAGAUGGCGGCCCCCUCGUUGAACGGGGUAGGCACGGCGUCUGGAAAAAGCGAGUUUCGUAACCAGAAGCCGAAGCUGGAGAACAGAGAUGAAUCAGAACUCCUUACUGUUCCUGAUGGUUGGAAGGAACCAGCUUUUUCCAAAGAGGACAAUCCCAGAGGACUUUUGGAAGAGAGCAGUUUUGCCACUUUGUUCCCAAAAUAUAGAGAGGCUUAUUUGAAAGAGUGCUGGCCACUGGUACAGAAAGCCUUGAAUGAACAUCAUGUUAAUGCAACACUGGACUUGAUUGAGGGCAGCAUGACUGUUUGUACAACGAAGAAGACUUUUGAUCCAUAUAUCAUCAUUAGGGCCAGAGAUCUGAUAAAACUAUUAGCAAGGAGUGUUUCAUUUGAACAGGCAAUACGAAUUCUUCAAGACGAUGUAGCAUGUGACAUCAUUAAAAUAGGUUCAUUAGUGAGAAAUAAGGAAAGAUUUGUAAAAAGAAGACAACGGCUUAUUGGUCCCAAAGGGUCUACAUUGAAGGCAUUGGAACUCUUAACGAACUGUUACAUUAUGGUUCAGGGAAACACAGUUUCAGCCAUUGGACCUUUUAGUGGCUUAAAAGAGGUUCGAAAAGUAGUCCUAGAUACUAUGAAGAAUAUUCAUCCAAUUUAUAACAUUAAAACCUUAAUGAUAAAACGAGAGUUGGCAAAAGAUUCUGAAUUAAGAUCACAAAGUUGGGAAAGAUUUUUGCCACAAUUCAAACACAAAAAUGUGAAUAAACGGAAGGAACCAAAGAAAAAGACUGUUAAGAAAGAGUAUACACCAUUCCCACCACCACAGCCAGAAAGUCAGAUUGAUAAGGAAUUGGCUAGUGGUGAAUACUUCUUGAAGGCAAGUCAAAAGAAACGACAGAAAAUGGAAGCAAUAAAGGCAAAACAAGCAGAAGCUCUCAGUAAGAGACAGGAGGAAAGAAACAAAGCUUUUAUUCCACCUAAAGAAAAACCAGUUGUGAAACCUAAGGAAGCUUCUUCUGAAACUAAGAUUGAUGUGGCUGCCAUCAAGGAAAAGGUUAAGAAAGCAAGGAAUAAGAAACUGGGAGCUCUCACAGCUGAAGAAAUUAAGCUUAAAAUGGAAGUAGAUGAAAAGAAAAAGAAGAAAAAAAAGUAACAUGCCAGAAGAAUUGAACUCUAACUUAAGCUAUCUCCUUUUGUAAAGGAUUUUGAUAUUAGGCCAUUUGUUGCCUUACCUGUGAGGAAUAGUAAGCUGAUCACCUUUAAGCAUGAUUUUAGGAGUGAUUCUUUAGCUUGUUUAUGUAUCUAAAGACUUGGAGAUGUGGCUAUUGUAAUUAUUCAUCAAAUCCAGUGUUUCAUCCCACUGGUUAGUCUUUAAUUAUAAUCAUGUUCCAGCAUCUGGUUGAGGAAAAUAAACGCAUAUUUUCAGUGCUUUCUCUUCCUCUCUAAUGGCAAGUAAAUGUGUAUUUAAGCUUA